GUAUAAAUAUGCUGAUGGAAUAGGUUUCAAUUGCAUGUAAAUCUUGAUUUUUAUUUCCUAAUCUAAUCCUUUAUUUAAAAAGGAAGCAGCACAAUCACCAAAACUAAUAUUAUUAAUAGUUAAUUUAUUAAUUAUUCACUCAUAUUUAUUUUUCCAUUAACUCCAUGAUCAGUUAUACAAAUCUGCGUGCGUGAACAUGAAAUAAAUGCGUACCUCAGCGAGCAUUUGUUUUCCUUCAAUGACUAAACCCUUCCCUCCCUCUUCUUGAAGAACCCAAGAACAAGAAGGAAAGGAAAUGAGAGGAAAAAAAACACCCCUGCCCAGGUCAGGUGUUGAUAAUAUGGCUAAAACUACAAUGAGCAAGCAAAGCAAAAACAGCACGAGGAACAUUUCAUUGAAGGUGCCACAGCCGGCAACAAAAACAAAAAUAAUCGAACCAGAUGUUAGCUGCAACACUACUGGGUCUUCAUAUAUGGAAGUUGGUAACAUGGCUAAAACAACUGGGGGCAGGAAGAGCAAAAACAGCACAAAGAACAUCCCAGGGAAGGUGCUGCAGCUGGAAACAAAAGUAAAACGCGAACCAGAAAUUAGCAGCUAUGGAACCUGGUCUCCGUUUAUGGAUGGCAUAGUUGGGAUGCCAAAAUCUGUGGCUGAGAUAGUAAACACUGAUGAAAUGAUCAAUGCUGUACUCUAUGGCCUGAGAAACUCCCCUCCAUUGCCGAUUUUCAAAAGAGUAUGUCCUGCAGACAAAUAAUUUGAACAUGAGAUGAACUAUAUGAUAGUUUUUUUAUUGUUUAUCCUUCCGCGUGUUAUGUAGAUUGACAAGAAUGAUUUUGUAUUACUUUCUUUAGUGUUGAACUAAUAUAGGAUUUUUAAUAUAUAUA